AUGAAGUUCUUCGGUAGUACCUUUGCCAGCGUUGGCCUUGUGGUGCUUCCACUAAUCGCUUCAGUCAUCAGUGCCUCUAACUCCACGUGCCCACCAGCAGUUGAUUAUACCGCAGAUCUUAAAUAUGUGGAAUGCCGUCAGGAUGGCUACUAUGGUCGCAUUCUCGGCAGAGAACGUAAAGUUAUCUUCCGCGACACAAACACUCCACAGCAUUGUGCCGAUUACUGCGGACGAUCUGGCUACCCGUGGGCUGGUGUUGAAGCCGGGACUCAAUGCUUCUGCGGUGGCCAACCAGAUGGCGGAGCAAUAACCGGGGAUGCCAACUGUUCGACCUAUACUUGCUCCGGGGAUAAGUCACAAAAGUGCGGUGGCGCAUUCUUCUUGCAGCUGUACAAGAUAAACAAUCCGCUUCCGGUCGAAAAGGUCGAUGGUGAUGUCAAACGUCAGCCUCUCUGCCACACAAGCCCAUUAUGCGAGCACACAGUCUGUGAUACAUCACUCCCCAUCUCAGAGAGAAUUGGGUCAUUAUUGUCAGAGAUGACACUCGAUGAGAAGAUCGUCAAUACUGUCAAUGCUGCUGACGGAGUUGGAAGACUCGGUCUACCAGGCUACGACUGGUGGAAUGAAGCUCUCCAUGGUCUCGCACAAGCCCCCGGUGUUAAGUUCAAUAGUCCUAACGGAUCGGCAUUCAGCUAUGCAACCAGUUUUCCCAUGGCUAUCACGACUGGUUCGGCUUUUGACGACCCUCUUAUCGGUGAAAUCGCAAGUGUCAUCGGAAGAGAGACUCGAGCUUUCGCUAACUUCGAGCAAUGUGGAUAUGACUUUUGGACACCAAACAUAAACACAUUCCUCGAUCCUCGCUGGGGUAGAGGUCAAGAAACGCCUAGUGAAGAUUCUUUCCAUACCCAGCAAUAUGUCAAACAAUUGGUUCCCGGACUUCAAGGAGGCCUCGAUCACCCAGAAGAGAAACAGAUCAUCGCUACAUGCAAGCAUUUCAACCUGUAUUACGCAGAAACAAAUCGCUAUGGUGAGAACUAUAGUGCAACCGUACAAGACCUCGCUGAAUACUUCAACGCACCGUUCAAAUCUUGCGUCCGCGAUGUUGCUGUCGGAUCUGUCAUGUGUUCAUACAACGCUGCCUAUGGCGUCCCCAGCUGCGCAAGUGAGUACUUCCUACAGGAUACUCUACGAGAAAACUGGAAUUUCAACGAGCCCUACAAAUACGUAGUCGGUGACUGCGGUGCUGUCGAGUACAUUCACACCAUUCACAACUUCACCGAUUCACCUGCUGAAGGCGCUGCCAUUGCCUUAAACGCGGGGACCGACCUCGACUGCGGUCUUACAUUCGGCAGCUAUCUCAACGAGUCAAUCUUCAACAAUUAUACUACGGAGGCUCGUUUGAACCAAGCUUUGACCCGCUUGUACACUGGGCUUCACACUGUCGGAUAUUUUGAUGGUCAUAAUCGCUAUGCUAAUCUGUCGUGGAGUGAUGUUGCUACUGAAGACGCUCAAGCUCUCAACUAUCGGUCAGCUUGGGAAGGCAUGGUCCUUCUCAAGAACGAUGGGCUGUUGCCCCUUUCGGCAAGCUACAAAAAGGUGGCACUCAUCGGACCUUAUGCCAAUGCAUCGAGUCAGAUGCAGGGAAUCUAUGCUGGCCAAGCACCAUACAUUAUUACUCCUCUACAAGCAGCAGAAGCCAAUUGGGAUAGUGUGCAGUAUGCGUUUGGCACAGGUGUCAAUGGAAGCAACACGACAUUUUUCUCCGAGGCAAUGGAAGCCGCAAAAUCAGCCGACCUUAUCAUCUAUUUGGGUGGCAUAGAUGACACUAUUGAGCGAGAGACAAUGGACCGCAAGUCUCUCACCUGGCCUGGAAACCAGCUUGAUCUCGUGCAACAGCUCAGCGAUCUUAGUAAGCCUCUUACUAUCGUUCAGUUCGGAGGCGGUCAAAUCGACGACAGCGAGCUACUUGCCAACGACAAUGUUAACGCUCUCUUAUGGGCAGGUUACCCUGGCCAAGAAGGUGGCAACGCAGUCGUUGAUAUCUUGCUCGGCAAACAAGCACCUGCUGGUCGCUUGACCACAACUCAAUAUGCUGCCAGCUACGUCGAUGAAGUCAGCUUUUUCAACCCAGACUUGCGCCCGAACGGAAGCUAUCCUGGUCGCACGUACAAAUGGUACACCGGCAAGCCUGUUCUUCCCUUUGGCUACGGACUGUCUUACACGACAUUCGACCUCGCAUGGUGUGGCAAGCCUCUCAAACAAUCCUACCGCAUCAGGGACUUGUUCAACAAGCGUCAACACCAUGGUGCAAAGGGCACACCUCUGGACACUCUACCUUUCGUCACGCUCUCGACCACUGUCUCCAACACGGGAAAUCUCACUUCCGACUUCUCGGCCCUUCUCUUCCUCUCAACUUCCAACGCAGGUCCUGCACCCUAUCCGAACAAAUGGCUUGUCUCUUACGCUCGAGCACAUGGUAUCGCUCCUGGUAAAUCUCAAACCAUAAAUCUAGACAUUUCAAUCGGUUCUCUGGCCAGAGCUGAUGAGAAUGGAGAUUUGACUGUUUAUCCUGGCAAGUAUCGGUUGGCUAUCGACAACGAUGAGUUGUUGAAGGCUGAGUUUGAGUUGGUUGGAGAGCCUGUUAUCGUUGAUCGAUUGACCCGACAGGGUGUUUAUGAGUACACUGUUCCUGUGCACUACAAUGCUAGUGCUAAUCUGGUGUGAGCGUGGUGUGAAGUUUGAGAAGGCCAGAAGACACGUUCCGGUAUGAUAAUGUAGCACAUUUGGUGUAGUUGUUGCUAUGCAGCCGGCAUAGCAUUCCAUUUCGAACAUGUCAAAGCAGGAUAAGAUGGAGCCUCUUCCGAGUCACUCACGGAUCGC